UACAGUUUUUCUCAAUUGCUAAAACACUAAACCCGGUUGUCUGAACCAAAUGCUCAGUGCCCUGAACCCAUUUAUUGAAAUGGUCAAUCUUUUGGCAGAACCUUAAGCACUUUUCACCUAGUUAGACACUUGCAACAACAACUUGCAAACAUAUUUUCACCCACUAAAACACAUUUGGCACUCUGAUGCACUUGGGCUGCAUAAUGUUAAGCACAGCUGGCAAAAGGGAAAUUCAAUGAAAGCACAGGUGUUUCAACUUAAACACUGCAACUCAAAAUUGAUAACACAUGUGACUAAUGAGGUGAAGACACCAAUAUAAGCCAGUCCAUGGGGCCCUGUUUGUUGAAGUCUCACUAUGGACAGAAACAAUCAGAGAGGCAGAGUAAGAGUAAGAGGUGGAAGAGGUGGAAGAGGAGGAAGGGGAGGUAUGAGACGAAGAACAAAUAUUUCAGAUGAAAUACGGGCAACUGUCAUAGACCAUGUUCUUGUCCACGGGUUGACAAUGAGGGAAGCGGGACUUCGAGUUCAGCCCAACCUAAGCAGAUUCACUGUGUCCACCAUAGUCCGAAGAUUCAGAGAAGAGAACACGUAAUUGCUUUUUUUCAUUUUGUACAUUUGUGCAGUAUGACUCAAUAAAAAGGUGUUUCAUUACACUCAUUUUCCAAUAUACUUGUAGGCCUCGUACUACAUGUAUUUUUUUGUAAUUGCAUGUUCUUUUUGUAGAAUUACCAGAUUGCCACAUCAGGGAGGGAGGCCAUCUAUGUUGUCCCCACGCCAAGAGACCCUCAUUGUUGACAUGGUCCGUCAGAACAAUUCAGUCAAACUCUGUGAAAUACAGCAGAAGAUCAUUGACGACCAUGUUGAUUUUGAAGGCAUCACCAGUAUCAGCAUUUCCACCAUUGAUCGUGUCCUAAAACGCAACAGGAUGCGGAUGAAGCAACUGUACAGAGUACCCUUUGAGCGCAACUCAGAAAGGGUCAAGGAGCAAAGAUUCCACUAUGUACAGAGAGUGUUUCAACUGGAUUCCUCAGAACAACCACAUGAAUAUAUUUAUAUGGAUGAAGCUGGGUUCAAUCUGACCAAAAGGAGGAGGAGAGGCCGGAAUGUGAUUGGCCAACGAGCCAUUGUUACAGUUCCUGGCCAGCGUGGUGGCAAUGUCACUUUAUGUGCUGCAAUCAGCAAUCAUGGUGUUCUCCACCAUCAUGCCACAUUGGGGCCAUACAACACUCAACACCUCCUGACAUUUUUAAGUGAUCUUCGGGAUAUUGUGUUAGGGUUUCAGCAGCAGGAUCAUGAACAGACAGAGCAUCCUGUCUAUGUCAUUGUGUGGGAUAAUGUGAGUUUUCACCAUGCCGUGCAGGUCAGAGAGUGGUUCACUAGAAACCAAGAAUUCCUGAAUGUUUUCCUACCACCAUACUCCCCUUUCCUCAAUCCAACAGAGGAGUUCUUCUCUGCAUGGCGCUGGAAGGUUUAUGACCGACAAUCCUACACCAGGGAAAAUCUCUUGCAGGCCAUGGAACUGGCCUGUAAUGAUAUAGGUGUGGAUGCAUGCCAAGCGUGGAUCCGGCACACUAGAAGUUAUUACCCACGCUGCCUGGCAAGGGAGAAUGUGGCCUGUGAUGUAGAUGAAGUCCUGUGGCCUGACCCAGCACAUCGACAUGAUGUUAUAGAGUAG